AUGGAGGUGCUCAGCUCCAGCCGCUUCUCUAGCGCUUUCCCCAGCCUCCUCGACCACUUCUCCAGGCCGCCAAAGUCCCCGCGCCACCACCGCCGUUGUUGUCUCCAAACACUAGCAUCCGUGCCUGCCGAUGCCGCCGCGCCGUCGCCCUCGUCCUCGCGGCCGCCGCCGUCGCUCUCCCGGCUCCUCGCCGCCGCGAUGCGGGGAGGGCGCGCGCGGGGGGAGCUUCCGGGCCUGGCCGCGGCAGGAGGAGGCGGGGCGGGGAUAGGGACGCUGCUGAUGAGCACGACGGCGGCGGCGGUGACCAAGGCGCGGGAGAGCCCGUACCUGCUGGCGCUGGCGUCGAACCCGACGUUCGUGUCGGGGAUGGUGGCGUUCGCGGUGGCGCAGGCCACCAAGGCCCUGCUCACCUCCGUGGUGGAGCGGCGGUGGAGCCUGCGGACGCUGUGCAGCUCCGGGGGCAUGCCCUCCUCGCACUCCGCGCUCUGCACCGCGCUCACCGCCUCCGUCGCGCUCUGCCACGGCGUCGGCGACGCGCUCUUUCCCGUCUGCCUCGGCUUCAGCCUUAUCGUCAUGUACGACGCCACGGGCGUCCGGCGCCACGCCGGGAUGCAGGCCGAGGUGCUCAAUAAGAUCGUUGAGGACCUGUUCCAAGGCCACCCCAUCAGCGAAAGGAAGCUCAAGGAGCUGCUAGGGCACACCCCGUCGCAGGUCUUCGCCGGCGCGUUCCUGGGCAUCCUGGUGGCCUGGUUCUGCUGCCAGGGCUGUAUCGGUGCCAUCUGA